CUCAUUCACCUGGACUUAGUGUAGUGCUGGUCUGCCCACUGCUGGGGAACAGUGAACAUAGACUGAAGCCUGAUCCGAUCUCAUAUCUGACCCCAUCGUAACCGUCGUGCAGCCAUGGGGGAUGCAGAGAUGUCUGUUUUUGGGGAGGCUGCCCCAUACCUGAGAAAGUCGGAUAGAGAGCGUAUGGAGGCCUCGACACGGCCCUUCGACAUGAAGAAGGAAUGCUUCGUCCCUGAUGUGGUCGAAGAGUUUAUCAAAGCAAGCAUCGUCAGUCGAGAUGGGGAUAAGGUCACUGUGGAGACAAUGCAUGGGAAGACCGUGACUGUCAAAGAGUCCCAGCUUCUGCAACAGAAUCCUCCAAAGUUUGACAAGAUUGAGGACAUGGCCAUGCUCACUUUCCUCCAUGAGCCUGCUGUGCUGUACAACCUCAAAGAGCGUUAUGCAGCAUGGAUGAUCUACACAUACUCUGGGCUCUUCUGUGUGACUGUCAACCCCUACAAGUGGCUGCCAGUCUAUAACCAAGAUGUGGUUCUUGCCUACAGAGGAAAGAAGAGGAGUGAAGCUCCUCCUCACAUCUUCUCCAUCUCUGACAACGCCUAUCAGUACAUGUUGGCAGACCGUGAAAACCAGUCCAUUCUGAUCACCGGAGAAUCUGGAGCAGGAAAGACUGUCAACACAAAGCGUGUAAUCCAGUACUUUGCAAGCAUUGCAGCUGGAGGUGUUAAAAAAGAAAGCAUCACCAAAGACAAGGGUACUCUGGAGGAUCAAAUCAUCCAGGCUAACCCUGCUCUGGAGGCCUUUGGUAAUGCGAAAACUAUUAGGAAUGACAACUCCUCCAGAUUUGGUAAAUUCAUCCGAAUUCAUUUUGACACCAGGGGAAAGUUGGCCUCUGCUGACAUUGAGACAUACCUUCUAGAGAAGUCUCGUGUGAUCUUCCAGCUCAAGGCUGAGAGAGAUUACCACAUCUUCUACCAAAUUCUGUCCAACAAGAAGCCUGAAAUCCUGGAAAUGCUGCUCAUCACAAAUAAUCCCUAUGACUACGCCUUCAUCUCUCAGGGGGAAACCCAAGUGGCCUCCAUCUGCGAUUCAGAAGAACUGAUGGCAACAGAUAAUGCCUUUGAUGUCCUGGGCUUCACACAAGAGGAAAAAAACUCUGUGUACAAGUUGACUGGUGCCAUCAUGCACUACGGAAACAUGAAGUUCAAGCAGAAGCAGCGAGAAGAGCAGGCAGAGGCUGAUGGCACUGAGGAUGCAGACAAAGCUGCAUAUCUGAUGGGCCUGAACUCUGCUGACCUCAUCAAGGGUCUCUGUCACCCAAGAGUCAAAGUUGGAAAUGAGUGGGUCACCAAGGGACAAACUGUUGACCAGGUGAAUUAUGCAGUUGGAGCUCUGUCCAAAGCCGUUUAUGAAAAGAUGUUCCUGUGGAUGGUGGUGAGGAUCAACCAGUCUCUGGAGACUAGGCAGCCCCGCCAGUACUUCAUCGGUGUAUUGGACAUUGCUGGAUUUGAAAUCUUUGAUUUCAACACUUUUGAGCAGCUCUGCAUCAACUUCACCAAUGAAAAACUGCAACAGUUUUUCAACCACCACAUGUUUGUGCUGGAGCAGGAAGAGUACAAGAAAGAGGGCAUUGAAUGGACUUUCAUUGAUUUUGGUAUGGACCUGCAGGCCUGUAUUGACCUGAUUGAAAAGCCCAUGGGUAUCAUGUCCAUCCUUGAAGAGGAGUGCAUGUUCCCCAAAGCCAGUGAUGCCACCUUUAAAGCUAAGCUUUAUGACAAUCACCUGGGGAAAUCUGCCAACUUCCAGAAACCCAGGAUUGUUAAAGGGAAACCAGAAGCCCAUUUUGCCUUAAUGCACUAUGCUGGCACUGUUGAUUACAAUAUCAACAACUGGCUGGUAAAGAACAAAGAUCCACUUAAUGAGACUGUGGUGGGACUGUACCAAAAGUCUUCCCUAAAGCUGCUUGCCCUGCUUUUUGCCAAUUAUGCUGGAGCAGACUCAGCUAUGGCUGAAGCUGGCAGUGGUAAAAAAGAGAAAAAGAAAAAGGGAUCAUCUUUCCAAACUGUGUCUGCUCUUCAUAGGGAGAACCUCAACAAGCUGAUGACCAACUUGAGGUCUACUCACCCUCACUUUGUACGCUGCAUCAUCCCCAAUGAGACCAAGACUCCUGGGGCCAUGGAGAACCCUCUGGUGAUGCACCAGCUGCGCUGUAACGGUGUGCUGGAAGGCAUCAGGAUCUGCAGGAAGGGCUUCCCCAACAGGAUCCUCUAUGGAGAUUUCAGACAAAGAUACCGUAUACUGAAUCCUGCUGCCAUCCCUGAGGGCCAGUUCAUUGACAGCAGAAAAGGAGCUGAGAAACUACUUGCAUCCCUGGAUAUUGAUCAUAAUCAAUACAAGUUUGGACAUACCAAGGUGUUCUUCAAGGCUGGUUUGCUGGGUCUGCUGGAAGAGAUGAGAGAUGAGCGUCUGUCCAAAAUUAUCACUGGAAUCCAGGCCAGAUCCCGUGGUCUUUUGUCUCGUAUCGAGUAUCAGAAGAUGGUGGAACGAAGGGAUGCAUUAUUGGUGAUCCAGUGGAAUGUCCGUGCCUUCAUGGGGGUCAAGAAUUGGCCCUGGAUGAAGUUGUAUUUCAAGAUCAAACCUCUGUUGAGAUCUGCUGAAGCAGAGAAGGAGAUGGCCAACAUGAAGGAAGAAUUCCUCAAGUUGAAAGAAGCCUAUGCAAAAUCUGAGGCUCGUAGGAAAGAACUAGAGGAGAAAAUGGUCUCCCUUCUCCAAGAGAAGAAUGACCUGCAGCUCCAAGUCCAGGCGGAGCAAGACAAUCUCUGUGAUGCUGAGGAAAGAUGCGAGGGAUUGAUCAAAAACAAGAUCCAAUUGGAGGCAAAAGCCAAAGAGCUGAUAGAGAGACUUGAGGAUGAGGAAGAAAUGAAUGCUGAACUGACUGCUAAGAAGAGGAAGCUGGAGGAUGAGUGUUCUGAGUUGAAAAAAGACAUUGAUGAUUUGGAGCUAACUCUGGCAAAGGUGGAGAAAGAGAAGCAUGCCACUGAGAACAAGGUUAAAAACCUGACUGAGGAAAUGGCAUCCCUGGAUGAAAUCAUUGCCAAGCUGACCAAGGAGAAGAAAGCCCUCCAGGAAGCUCAUCAGCAAACGUUGGAUGACCUGCAGAGUGAGGAGGACAAAGUCAACAGUCUGACCAAGGCCAAGGCUAAGCUGGAGCAGCAAGUGGAUGAUCUUGAAGGAUCUCUUGAGCAAGAAAAAAAGGUUCGAAUGGACCUUGAAAGAGCUAAGCGGAAGCUCGAGGGAGACCUGAAAUUGGCCCAGGAGAGUGUAAUGGAUCUAGAAAAUGAUAAACAACAGCUUGAAGAACGUCUGAAAAAGAAGGACUUUGAGCUCAGUCAGCUGACUGGCAAGAUUGAAGAUGAGCAGGCUAUAAACAGUCAACUCCAGAAAAAGUUGAAAGAGUUGCAGGCCCGUAUAGAAGAGCUUGAAGAGGAGCUUGAGGCAGAACGAGCUGCCCGAGCCAAGGUGGAAAAGCAGAGAGCAGACUUGGCCAGGGAGCUGGAGGAAAUCAGUGAGAGGCUGGAGGAGGCUGGUGGGGCAACAGUUGCCCAGAUUGAGAUGAACAAGAAGAGGGAGGCUGAGUUCCAGAAACUCCGCAGAGACCUUGAAGAGGCCACUCUGCAACAUGAAGCCACCACUGCCACACUCAGGAAGAAACAAGCGGACAGUGUUGCUGACCUGGGGGAGCAGAUUGACAACCUGCAGAGAGUCAAGCAGAAAUUGGAGAAAGACAAGAGCGAGCUCAGACUGGAACUGGAUGAUGUGGUUUCCAGCAUGGAGCAUGUUGUUAAAUCUAAGACAAACUUGGAGAAGACCUGCAGAACAAUGGAGGAUCAAUUGAAUGAAUACAGGACUAAGUGUGAUGAAUACCAAAGAUCACUCAAUGAUUUCACCACGCAGAAGGCCAAACUUCAAGCUGAGAAUGAUGAGCUUUCUAGACAAAUGGAAGAGAAGGAAUCUCUUAUUUCUCAGCUGACAAGAGGAAAGAAUUCCUACAAUCAACAACUUGAAGAUCUAAAAAGACAACUAGAGGAGGAAGUCAAGGCCAAGAAUGCACUGGCACAUGCAGUUCAGUCUGCUCGUCAUGACUGCGACCUGCUGAGGGAGCAGUAUGAGGAGGAGCAGGAGGCCAAGGCUGAACUUCAACGUGGCAUGUCCAAGGCCAACUCUGAGGUGGCUCAGUGGAGAACCAAGUACGAAACUGAUGCCAUCCAGAGGACCGAGGAGCUGGAGGAGGCCAAAAAGAAGCUGGCUCAGCGUCUGCAGGAUGCUGAGGAGGCUGUGGAAGCAGUGAAUGCUAAAUGUUCCUCUCUGGAGAAGACCAAACACAGACUGCAGAAUGAGAUUGAAGAUCUCAUGGUGGAUGUGGAGAGGUCUAAUGCUGCUGCUGCUGUCCUGGACAAGAAGCAAAGGAACUUUGAUAAGAUCUUGGCAGAGUGGAAGCAGAAAUAUGAAGAGUCUCAGUGUGAGUUGGAGAGCUCCCAGAAGGAAGCCAGAUCUCUCAGCACAGAGCUCUUCAAACUGAAGAACUCCUAUGAGGAGUCUCUGGACCAUCUGGAGACCAUGAAGAGAGAAAACAAGAAUCUACAGGAGGAGAUUUCUGACCUCACUGAGCAACUUGGUGAGGGAGGGAAAACUAUUCAUGAGUUGGAGAAGGUUCGUAAACAGCUAGAGCAGGAAAAGUCUGAGAUUCAAGCAGCUCUUGAGGAAGCAGAGGGCUCCCUUGAGCAUGAAGAGGGUAAGAUUCUGAGAGCCCAGCUUGAGUUCAAUCAGAUUAAGGCUGAAAUCGAGCGUAAACUGUCAGAAAAAGAUGAGGAGAUGGAACAGAGCAAGAAGAACAUGCAUAGGACAAUUGAAAAUCUGCAGAGCUCUCUUGAGGCAGAGACUCGCAGCAGGAAUGAAGCCCUCCGUCUGAAAAAGAAGAUGGAGGGAGACCUCAAUGAGAUGGAGAUCCAGCUAAGCCAAGCCAACAGGCAGGCAGCUGAGGCCCAGAAACAACUCAAGUCUGUUCAUGCUCAUCUGAAGGAUGCUCAACUACAACUUGAUGAGUCUCUUAGAGCAAAUGAUGAUCUGAAGGAGAAUAUUGCCAUUGUUGAGAGACGCAACAAUCUGAUGCAAGCUGAGCUGGAGGAACUCCGGGCUGCUCUAGAGCAAACUGAGAGAGGACGCAAACUUGCAGAGCAAGAACUGCUGGAUGUCACUGAGAGGGUGCAGCUACUGCACUCCCAGAACACCAGCCUGAUAAACACUAAGAAAAAGCUGGAGGGUGACACAGCCCAGCUUCAAACUGAAGUGGAGGAGGCUCUACAGGAGUGUAGAAAUGCUGAAGAAAAGGCCAAGAAAGCCAUCACUGAUGCUGCCAUGAUGGCAGAGGAGUUGAAGAAAGAGCAAGAUACCAGUGCUCACCUGGAGCGUAUGAAGAAGAACAUGGAGCAAACCAUUAAGGACCUGCAACAUCGUCUGGAUGAAGCUGAACAGAUUGCCAUGAAGGGGGGCAAGAAGCAGGUGCAGAAGCUUGAGGCCAGGGUGAGGGAGCUGGAAAAUGAGGUGGAAACGGAACAGAAGAAAAGCAGUGAUGCAGUGAAGGGCAUCCGUAAAUAUGAGCGCCGCAUCAAGGAACUCACAUACCAGACUGAGGAGGAUCGUAAGAAUAUCGCUCGACUCCAGGAUCUGGUAGACAAGCUGCAGCUGAAAGUUAAAGCCUACAAGAGAUCUGCUGAGGAGGCUGAGGAACAGGCUAAUACUCAUCUUGGCAAGUUCCGCAAGCUGCAGCAUGAGCUGGACGAGGCUGAAGAGAGAGCUGACAUCGCCGAGUCUCAGGUCAACAAGCUGCGUGCUAAGAGCCGUGAUGUGGGGUCAAAGAAAGGGCUAGAUGAGGAGUGAAUCUCACAGACGGCCUUCUAAGACCUUUGGGAUCUCCAGUGGUUUAGUUCACUCUGUAUUCACAGUAACUGUAGAAUAAAGUACA